CUGGUCGUGUUGUUAUUUUUAUUUUUACUCAAAUUCAUUUCUUUUCAAAACAAGUAGUAAACAGAAACUCGUACAAAAUAUCUUCAGCAACGAUAUCUUAGGAUGUGCUACGUAAUUAUAACCGGUCGUAGCCUAGCAUGGUUGUUGCUAAGUUUGGUCGCGUUUAUGCUAAUUUUAACCGGUAUUAUGACGCCAAAAUGGCUUUUAGGGCAGCCUGUUGUGCUAAAUGAAAAGAACGUCACUAAAUUCUACGUCCCCAGCGUCGGGAUAUACAAUAGAUGUAUACGUAUGAGGCAUGACCGUUACAAUUGUGCUCCAUUCUCCCUCUAUGGAUUGGCCACUGACUCUGAGGUGUACCCAAAGCCUUGGAAGGCUGCUUUAUUCUUCUUAUCUUUGUGUGCAGCUAUACAAUUUGCAACAGUACUAGCAGGUGUAAUGGCGUGCUGUGUGCAGUCUGUUUUCAAGAAGAGCGUGAUUUCUUUAGCAGGAGCUACUCAGGCCCUUGGAGGUUUCUUUGGUGUUCUGGGUUUGCUGUUAUACCCCUGGGGUUGGGGGUCAUCCAGGGUUAAACGUCUAUGCGGAGAAUACUCCGAGCCAUACAUACCCGGAGAAUGUUCUAUAGGAUGGGCCCUUUUUGUGACAGCGACGGGCAUAGCUCAGAUAUUCCUGGCCAGUGCACUGUCAAAAAUGGCUGACAAAGCGGCGAACUCCGACAAAGUGCAGUUCCAAAUGGACGAGGGCAACCAGCUGAUAUGUAUAGCUUGAUAGCGCCAUCUGUCGGCCUAAAAUUGGAAUCUCCAGGUGCCAUCUGUUUAUCGAAUAAGUAAAGAAAUAUAUAAGGAUAGUUUGGACUUUAAUAGCGGUAGUACGAGUUUUUAUAGUUUUCGAAAACGAUAUUCGCUGUCGAAUUACACUUUGCAGCCAAGCUAAAAUUUUAUGAAUUAAAAAAAACUUAUGCACUGUCAGAUAGGUUGGCUAUUUAUAUAAUCCUAACGGUUUACCGCGACUACGUCUGCGUGCAACUUAUUAUAAGUUGUCAGCUUCUUUUUGAGUUUGAAAAUCUAUCUUCCUACUAGUGAUAGAGUUACUGCAAAUAGACAGACUAGUUUAAAAAAAAUGCUAAUCUAGAGUACCUAUAAGAAUCUGCUGACCCAAGUAAAAUAUACUUACGUGACAAUAUACAUUGCAGGAACGGGUGCAUUAAUGUAGGCAUACUUUCAAUAAAUAAAAAAAAAAACACUAUGACACUUACGAAAACAUUCAAAGAUUUCGAGAUACAAACUCGUACUAGUCGUGCUGACUUAUGUAACCCUGGUAGCAUUUACUUAUUUGACCUUAGAAUCGUUAAUUUGAUUGCUAAUUUGUAAUCGAUCAUCUCAAGAUUGCCUCAAUACUAAAUGCCGUUUUAAAAUCUGGCAUCGAGCUGAGAAGAUACUCAGUAUGCAUACACGUUGACCAACACUUUUUUUAAUUAUUCUACUAUAAGUUAGCAAUUGUCUGCAAUAUUCCCUGGUGCUAGUGAUGAUGAAGCUGUCAUGCUAGGGGGCUAACCAACUAGGGGUAUGUCAUUUAUAUUAAACUCAUACCACCCAACAAUAAAUGUUCAUUCAACUUUGACAUAAGCUCAUUAAGGCAGACUGAUUUAUUUAUUCAAUUGCCGCAUAUCCUUAUAUAAUUAAAAAAAAAAAAAACUAAUUAUACAAAGUGUGUGUUUUUGAGACAUAUUAAGACAUAAGUAUAUUAAAUUAACUACGCGGUGUUACACGGUGUUACGGUGUUUUUUAUAUUUUUUGAACUGUAGUAGAAAAAACACGGUGAAAAAGAACAUACUUAAUCACCGAACAUACUUAGUAACCUAACCUAACCUAACUAAGGGUAAUUUUUAAGAUGAAUUUUUAUAGACAUACUUUAAGUCCCUAAAAAUUCAUUUCGAGCAUACAAUAAUGCGUAUGGACGGAUCAUUGGUGCGAAAAUAUUAAAAGAGCACCACUGUUAAAGCGUGACCUUGUACUGCCGAUUUAAAUACCACAACAAAUUAUACCUCACACCGCACACGUCUGGAAUCAUUUUCGAAUAAUAACUGUUUACAAGGUUAUUAUUUAUUUACUAGCGG